UCAGGGAUAAAAGGCGGCUGCGCAGUCUCUGUCGGUCUUCUCACACGUCAACUCCUAGCAGGACUAACUUCAGCAUACCUCUCAACCUUUACAAGAAUCAUGGCUGAUCAGAAGGAGCGCACCUUUAUUGCCAUCAAGCCAGAUGGUGUGCAGAGGGGCAUCAUCGGAGAGGUCAUCAAGAGGUUCGAGAUGAAGGGCUUCAAACUUGUUGCCAUGAAGAUGAUCCAGGCCCCUACAGAGCUGCUGGAGCAGCACUACGUCGACCUGAAAGAAAGGCCGUUCUUCCCCACCCUCAUGAAAUACAUGAGCUCUGGCCCAGUGGUCGCCAUGGUGUGGGAGGGAGAGGGUGCCGUGAAGACCGGCAGGGUGAUGCUGGGGGAGACCAACCCCGCCGACUCCAAGCCCGGAACCAUCCGAGGAGACUUCUGUAUCGCCGUCAGCAAGAACAUCAUCCACGGCAGCGACUCGGUGGACAGUGCCAACACUGAGAUCUCUCUGUGGUUCAAGGAAGACGAGCUGUGCACCUACUCCAGCUGUGCCAUCAGCUGGCUCUACUGAGCACUCAGUGGAACUUUACCUCAGUUCGGUCAUAGCCUAGAGGGGACAGCAACUCGUGUCUUAGUCCCCACUCACCCUCACAUCAUCACUAUGCUGUACUGGGCUCUGAUCCGAAGUCCAAAUCUUGACCACAUUCAUUCCUCUGCAUCAUUCCUUUAGAAACAUUCCAUCAUUCCCUGGAUAUCCAGUUACUGACCUGAACCUGUCUUUGACUGUUGGUUUUGCUGACGGUGAUCUGCUUUCCAAUAAAAUGUUCACGAUACAA